GUGGCUGUGUCAUGUUGACGAUGAUAACUACGUGAAUCCUGGAGCUCUUCUCUCCCUGCUCUCAGCCUUCCCCCAAGAGGGUGAUGUCUACGUGGGCAAGCCCAGCCUCGACCACCCCAUUCAUACCCAUGAACUACUGGAGAGCAACAAGACAAAAGAAGUGCAGUUCUGGUUUGCCACGGGAGGAGCAGGCUUCUGUCUGAGUCGCAGGCUAGCUGAGAAGAUGGCUCCAUGGGCUAGUGGUCCCAGGUUUGAGCAGACGUCAGCAGUGAUCCGUCUGCCAGAUGACUGUACAGUAGGCUUCAUCGUAGAGAGAAGACUGGGGAUAUCCAUGGUCCACAGUUCAAUGUUCCACUCUCACCUGGAGAACCUGCUACUGCUGACGCCCAGCAAUAUACCUCUACAGGUGACUCUUAGUUAUGGGCUGUUUGAGAACAAGAUGAACAGUGUGGAGCUGAAUAGACUCUUCUCCAAGGAGGAUGAUCCCUCCAGGUUUAAGACGGUCCACUGUCUACUCUAUCCACUGACCAGCUGGUGCCCUUAAAGACUCCAACUCCCAGCAGCACCUGUGCCUCCUGAGACUUUCCGAAACGGUGUCAGCACUUCCUGGAUUCUCUGGGUGCGUCUCAAUAAUCUCUCUUUUCUCCUGAAGUGUACACUCGUUUACUACUUCCAACAAAUCUGAAAGUGAUGGGUUGGUCGAGGUAUGGGCUAGUGGGAGUUUCACCCUUACGUCUUACCCCAGUCAUUUACUUGGAAAUCAGUGUACAAACUUUGGGAGCAAGGAGAGAUAAUUGGGACACAGCCCUGGUUUUACAUGGAAAUAACAGGGACUACAACACUCGUCUGGUGCAGAAUGCAUCGUGCACUUCCUGUAACCUAUCUACUUAUUCUAGGAGUUCUAUGAGCCCUCCAGAGCCCUUAACAAGACAGCACUUGCAUCAUUUAUUUGCAGGUGUGUAUAUUUGUUGAACAGAGACCAAAAUAAAUAUGAAUAUACUUUUGUUUA